CCAGGGGAGCUGUCGGGGCAGGGGAGGGACUUGGCGAGCACUCCCGGGCCGUCUCCACUCUCCAAACUUUCUCCGAACUCUUGGCCCCCGCCUCCCCGAAGCCAAAACACAACAAGCUCCCGGGGAGCCGCGAGUGGCGCGGCGGGGCGGGCGGACUCGCAGCGGCUCGGAGCCUCCGGAGGCUGAUGCAACUUUCCCUUUAAGAGAGCCACCUGGGCGCACCGCGGUGCGGACCCAGCACGCCCGGGCCGGGGGCUGCAGCAUGCCCUUGAAGUCUGUGGUCUAGAAGGUGCCAGAAGCCAAGCUGUGCGUGUGGUCCCAGACCCCAGAGCCCACCUCACUGCCACCAUGGUAGGAAAAGGUGCCAAAGGGAUGCUGAAUGGUGCUGUGCCCAGCGAGGCCACCAAGAGAGACCAGAACCUCAAACGGGGCAACUGGGGCAACCAGAUCGAGUUUGUACUGACGAGCGUGGGCUAUGCCGUGGGCCUGGGCAAUGUCUGGCGCUUCCCGUACCUCUGCUAUCGCAACGGGGGAGGUGCCUUCAUGUUCCCCUACUUCAUCAUGCUAAUAUUCUGCGGGAUCCCACUCUUCUUCAUGGAGCUCUCCUUCGGCCAGUUCGCAAGCCAGGGCUGCCUGGGCGUGUGGCGGAUCAGCCCCAUGUUCAAAGGUGUGGGCUACGGCAUGAUGGUGGUGUCCACCUACAUCGGCAUCUACUACAACGUGGUCAUCUGCAUCGCCUUCUACUACUUCUUCUCGUCCAUGACGCAUGUGCUGCCCUGGGCCUACUGCAACAACGCCUGGAACACGCCCGACUGCGCCAGCGUGCUGGACGCCUCCAACCACACCAACGGCUCCCGGCCCGCCCUGCCCGGCAACCUCUCCCACCUGCUCAACCACACGCUGCAGAGGACCAGUCCCAGUGAGGAGUACUGGAGGCUCUACGUGCUGAAGCUGUCCGACGACAUUGGGAACUUCGGGGAGGUGCGGCUGCCCCUGCUCGGCUGUCUGGGGGUCUCCUGGGUGGUCGUCUUCCUCUGCCUCAUCCGAGGAGUCAAGUCUUCGGGGAAAGUGGUGUACUUCACAGCCACCUUCCCCUACGUGGUGCUCACCAUCCUGUUCAUCCGCGGCGUGAGCCUGGACGGCGCCUUCACGGGCAUCAUGUACUACCUGACCCCACAGUGGGACAAGAUCCUGGAGGCCAAGGUGUGGGGCGACGCCGCCUCCCAGAUCUUCUACUCGCUGGGCUGCGCCUGGGGCGGCCUCAUCACCAUGGCCUCCUACAACAAAUUCCACAACAACUGCUACAGGGACAGUGUCAUCAUCAGUAUCACUAACUGUGCCACCAGCGUCUAUGCUGGCUUCGUCAUCUUCUCCAUCCUCGGCUUCAUGGCCAAGCACCUGGGUGUGGACGUGUCCCGGGUGGCAGACCACGGCCCUGGCCUGGCCUUCGUGGCUUACCCCGAGGCCCUCACCCUGCUGCCCAUCUCCCCGGUCUGGUCGCUGCUCUUCUUCUUCAUGCUCAUCCUGCUGGGGCUGGGCACUCAGUUCUGCCUCCUGGAGACCCUGGUCACGGCCAUCGUGGACGAGGUGGGGAAUGAGUGGAUCCUGCAGAAGAAGACCUAUGUGACCCUGGGGGUAGCGGUGGCCGGCUUCCUGCUGGGCAUCCCCCUCACCAGCCAGGCAGGUAUCUACUGGCUGCUGCUGAUGGAUAACUAUGCUGCCAGCUUCUCCCUAGUGGUCAUCUCGUGCAUCAUGUGUGUGUCCAUCAUGUACAUCUAUGGGCACCGCAACUACUUCCAGGACAUCCAGAUGAUGCUGGGCUUCCCACCGCCCCUCUUCUUCCAGAUCUGCUGGCGCUUCGUCUCCCCAGCCAUCAUCUUCUUCAUCCUCAUCUUCACCGUGAUCCAGUACCGGCCAAUCACCUACAACCACUACCAGUACCCAGGCUGGGCAGUGGCCAUCGGCUUCCUCAUGGCUCUGUCCUCGGUGAUCUGCAUCCCCCUCUACGCCCUGUUCCAGCUCUGCCGCACAGAUGGGGACACCCUCCUGCAGCGUUUGAAAAAUGCCACGAGGCCGAGCCGAGAGUGGGGGCCUGCGCUCCUGGAGCACCGGACGGGGCGCUAUGCCCCCGCCAUGCCACCCUCCCCCGACGACGGGCUCGAGGUGCAGCCGUUGCACCCGGAUAAGGCCCAGAUCCCGGUCGUGGGCAGCCAUGGCUCCGGCCGCCUGCAGGACUCCCGGAUAUGAGCCCUGCCGCCUGAGCACCGCCGUGGGGAGCACCUCGCCCCCACCCCGUGCUCCCACAGAGACUGGGGCGGCAGUGGACAGGCAGGAUGCUGCCGCCUCUCGGCCACCAUUGCUGGGGCGGCCAGUCGGGUUCGCGUCCCCAGUGUUUACAGGUCCUUUGGGUGCCAAGAUGGCAGUUGGGGGGGUACAGGGAAGGGGUGGGAGGGUGGCUAGGGGCCCAAAGCACUUUGGAGGGGAUUCUAGCCAGGUUCCCAAGGGCUGAGGGGCUUGACAUGGCCUCUGACGCCCCCACUCUAGCCUGAGCUGAGGUCUGGGCGGCCCUCCCUCCGCCUGUACUUCUCCUCGGGCCUCCAGCCCCCUGACCAGUGUUGCUGUCCUUAGAGCACACCCCGGCCUCUGCCCAGGCCAGUCCACACUGUCCCCCUGGACCCGGGGGCGCUGGGUGGCUGCAGUGUUACCUGUCAGGCUGUGCGGCCUGCCGGCCCUGUCUGUCUGUGUGAUUCUUUUUGUCCAAGUCGUAUUAUCUGUCGUUGCCACUCCCCAGCCCCCAGCCUGGGGCCCAACCUGUCUUCCAGGCCCGCCUGCACCUUACUCUGUGGCCCGGGGGUCCCUGCCCCUCACUUGUGCCCCAUGUCAGGCCCAGCCAGCAGAGGCCCCGGGACCCAGUGACCUGCCCCAAGCGCCAGUUUCGGGGAGGGGUCUGGUCCAGGGUGCUGCUCAGAGCCCUGGGGAAGGGGCCUCGACACCACCCCCUGUCCAUCCCCUGUCCACCAGGCCCACGGCCAGACUUCCCCGACUGGGCUGCCCCAUUCACGUGCCAAAUGGCCCCAGCCCGCCCGCCCCUCACCCCAGCCCUGCGAUGUCCGUUUGUCCAUCCCCUAUGCCCCACUGUGCAGUGACAGCCUGACCAGUGUCUCUAACCCUCCGUAGCAAUAACGGUGCACUGCCCAGCCCUGCCCACUGUGCACCACUAGGAUUUGAAAAGUCCAUAGAUUUUAAUGAAAUUUCUAUUCCUGA